GCAGGUUCCCAUCCUCCCGGAAACGUAAGCCACCAUCAUCCAUAAUUCACCAGGUGCUGAACUUCAUCAAGGAGCCACCCGACAGCCGGGCUGGGUGCUCCACCCUCCUCCAGGACAUUCUGCUCACCACUCUCCUCCCGCCCCUCUCCGCAGGCUCAGCAUAUUACGAUAACGUCCGUCCCUUGGCCUACCCGGACUCGGAUGCUGUGCUCAUCUGCUUUGACAUCAGCCGCCCCGAGACCUUGGACAGUGUGCUCAAGAAGUGGCAAGGGGAAACUCAGGAGUUCUGCCCCAAUGCGAAGAUUGUGCUGGUCGGCUGCAAGCUGGACAUGCGGACAGACUUAAACACGCUCCGGGAGCUUUCCAAGCAGCGCCUUAUCCCUGUGACACACGAGCAGGGCAGUGCGCUGGCGCGGCAGAUCGGGGCAGUGGCUUAUGCAGAGUGCUCCUCCAAGGUCUCGGAGAACAGCGUACGGGAUGUGUUCCACGUGACCACGCUCGCCUCAGUCAACAGGGUGCACAAGAACUUGAAGCGCAGCAGCUCCAAGCGGGGACUGAAGCGGGCGUCACAGAUGCCCGGCAGGACGGACUUACUGACCGACACAGAGAUCAGGAAAGACCGAGCCAAGAGCUGCUCCAUCAUGUGA